AUGGCUCAUGAUGGGCGCAUGGCCGUGGUUGAGCACCUGAUCCGCUGUGGCCAUGGACGCUGGGAGGACGACACAAAGACGCGCUGCCGUAUUAUGUGGAAGAAACCUGUCGAAUGGGCUGCCGAGAUUUAUGACUUUGCCAAAGGUAACGGCAUGUUGGGCAAUGUUUUUACUGUUUAUGAGCUAUACGCAGGAGAGGAGACGGUCGGCUCGAGUAUCCAUGGAAUGGAACCGUGGUUGCUGCGCGAGGCGUUGCGAGUGUUGGAAGGAGAAGGAAAGGCUGCUGUGAUCGCCGGAGAAACGUGUGAGGAGGACGGUGUGAAGUUCCUGGCUACCGCGUAG